AUGUCUACGCAGUCUGCAACAAAAGGUGAAGAGACUCAUACGUUGAUGUUUGAUGCGGGCCCGGAAGCAGAAGCAUUUGAGCGUAAUGUUAGACGGCUCGGCUUAAUCGACGGCAGCGGUGGUGACAUUGGCACUGUCGAAACGAUACUUCUCUCACAUUGGCAUCGGGAUCAUUCUGGCGGUUUACUCAAGGCCAUCGAAAUGAUCAAUCGACAGAGAACCCCGGCGCCGCGCCAUUCAGCAGGAUCGGAACUGGUGGUUGAAAUUCCUCCUGAGCGACCUCUCUAUCGCGGAAUAGCGCACCCGGCUGGUCCAAUCUGCCUUGAAGCUGAUCCCAGCCCGGAGGAAAUCGCUGGAGCAGGAGCCUGCGUCGUUGAGCGCGCAGCUACGGAGACCAUUCUGGAUGGCUUCUUCGGAGUGACUGGCAUGAUUCCGAGAAAGACUAGCUACGAAGCCGGGAUCUCUGGUGGUCUGAGAUUCGAAAAAGCUCAUGGAUGCGAGCAAGGGACCUGGAUCAAGGACGAGGAAAUCCAUGAAGAAAGGGUUGUUGUGUGUCGACUCAAGGGAAAAGGCCUGGUCGUCUUCACAGGUUGUUCGCAUGCCGGCAUCGUCAAUAUCGCCAACCACGUACUAGACACUUUCUCGAACGCUUCGACAAGGCAGCACGAUUUCUAUGCCUUGGUCGGCGGCUACCAUCUGGCGGAUGCUUCAGAGUCACGCCUGCAACGUACCUUGACCGACUUGACCGGUCUUGGGCCAAAGCUGCUCAUGCCAGGACACUGUACAGGGUGGCGAUUCCGAGCACUUCUUGAACAGCAAGACCAAGGGCCGCCCAACGAUCAAUCUCAGGCAGGGUCCUUGGAAGCCAGAUGCUUGAAAGGCCGGACCGUGCCCCUGUUUGCAGGGAACCGAUACCAGCUUUCUAGCGUCUAG